AAGCAGGAACCCGGCGGAGGGGACUGUAGCAGUCGCGCUAAAACGGUGAAACAGGGAAGGGGCGGGGCGGGAGGUGCAAAGUGCGGUACCUUUGGACUGAACCAUCUCUUCAGCAGGCCGUGUUGUCCCACUUGAUAUCAGCUCCAUGUAUCGAGUGUAUAGGGACGAAUAAAAAAGGCUUCCUUUAGAUUCUCAUAAUCUCGUUGGUUUCCCAGUGCCCUGCCCUCCUGCUGCGCCUCCGCCUGGGAACGGCCCUGACAUCGUGCUGUGAGGUGGCUGCAAUGAGGAAUCCCUUCCUUCACGCCGUAGUCGCUGUGUGCCCUCCCAACCAGGGCAUUGGCAAAGAGGGAUCCCUGCCAUGGCCUCUCCUCAGGAAUGAAUUCAAACAUUUCCAGCGGCUCACCAUGACACCCACUGUUGAAGAUAAGAAGAAUGUAGUAAUAAUGGGCAGAAAAACAUGGUUUUCUAUCCCAGAGAAGAACAGACCUUUGAAGGAAAGAAUUAAUAUUGUAUUAAGCAAAGAGCUUAAGGAACCACCCACUGGGGCUCACUAUCUUUCAAAAAGUUUGGCUGAAGCUAUAGAUCUGUUGGAAGAUCCUGAAUUAAAAGACAAAGUAGACCUUGUUUGGGUUAUUGGUGGCAGUUCGCUCUACCAGGAGUUAAUGGAAAAGCCAGUUAAUCAAAGGUGGUUUGUAACCAGAAUAUUGCAGGAGUUUGAGUGUGAUACGUAUUUACCCGAAAUUGAUUUGAAUUCGUUCAGACUGCUUCCUGAAUACCCCGGAAUAUCCCCAGAACUUCAAGAAGAAAAUGGUGUUCAGUAUAAGUUUGAAGUCUAUGAAAAAAUUGUAUGAAAACCAGACAGAUCCCUAGUUUUUCUACUAAAGUAUUCUUACUAAUAAAUGAUCUAAAAUAAAAUAUUUUCUAUAUA